ACACACAUGAAAACUUCAAGACACCACAGUACUACAGACAUUCUCUUUCUAUCUGCCUCUCCAAUCAAACCCCAAAUUCAUUCCUAUCAAAAUGGCACCUCUGUCAGGGCCAACAAGCAAGAGUAAGAAGAGAGCUCUCCGACACGUCCUCCUCCUCUGCCUCCUCCUCCCAUGUAUCUCCCAACCACUCCCGGCUCCUUCCCCAUCUCCAACGGCGGCGCCUCCGGCGACGACGCUUCCCCUCUCGCCGUUCAACGAUCGCCUCGACGCGGCGUACAUCGCGCUCCAGGCGUGGAAGCACGCCAUCAUCGAGGACCCCAAGAACCUGACCGCCGACUGGUGCGGGCCCUUCGUGUGCAACUACACCGGCGUCUUCUGCACGGCGGCGCAGGACGACCCGCACAUCCUGACCGUCGCCGGAAUCGACCUCAACCACGGCCGCAUCGCCGGGUUCCUCCCCGACCACAUCGGCCUCCUGGCCGACGUCGCGCUCAUCCACCUCAACUCCAACCGCUUCCACGGCACGCUGCCGCCGUCCAUGCAGCACAUGCGCCUCCUCUACGAGCUCGACGCCAGCAACAACCUCUUCUCCGGCGGGUUCCCGUCGUUCCUCACCUCGCUGCCGUCGCUCAAGUACCUGGACCUGCGCUUCAACAGCUUCGACGGGGACCUGCCCGACGCCGUGUUCGGGCGGCAGCUCAACCUGGACGCACUGUUUGCCAACAACAACCGCUUCAACGUGACCCUGUCGUCGCAGAGCCUGACCAACUCCACGGCGUCGGUCAUCGUGCUCGCCAACACCGAGCUCACCGGCUGCCUGCCGCCGAGCAUCGGCGACAUGGCCGACACGCUGGUGGAGCUCAUCCUCCUCAACACCAGCAUCAGCUCCUGCAUCCCGCCGGAGAUCGGCAAGCUCAAGAAGCUCAGGGUGCUGGACCUCAGCCACAACGAGCUCGCCGGGGAGCUGCCGGAGAGCGUCGGAGACAUGGAGAGCCUGGAGGUGCUCAACGUGGCCUACAACCAGCUGUCCGGCGUGGUGCCGGAGAGCAUCUGCCUGCUGCCGAAGCUCAAGAACCUGACCGUCGCCGGCAACUACUUCUGCGGCGAGCCGGUGUCGUGCCUCCACGUGCCCCUGCGCGACGACCGGAUGAACUGCAUCCCCGAGUGGCCCCACCAGCGCACGCACGAGGAGUGCAUCGCCUUCGAGCACCGCCCGCCGGUGCACUGCGGCGCCAACGGCUGCAUUGUUCAUCACCCGCUGUGAAGCUCCGGCAUACGCAUACGCAUGCAUGCAUGGCCAUACAUGCAUGUGGGUUCUAUCGAAACGGUGACGGUCUUUCUGCGACUAAAAAAUGGUAUUUGCUAUAGGCAAAGUUGUUUUGGAUCAUAAAUUCGCGUGAUUUUGAUUUGUGUCGUCGGUGCCAAAAACGUGUAUUUGGUAGCGAGGACUGGGAGUGGGUGUAUUAGUUUUUUCGCCUUUGUUCUUUUCCUUCUAGCUUUUUGUUACCUGCACAUAAAGGCAUACAUGCAUACGGCUAAUGUAAACCCAACAAAAAUGUGACAUGUAACUAUAUAUGCCUAAUUUAAGAAUUUGAAUAAGGGGGUCAAAAAGUCUUCACCCUCUGCAUCUUUGUUUUCA